UGCCUCUACCUAUAAAGCCACGCACUGAACGCGGGUACAGCGUACAGUUUCUCAGCUCUCAUCAACACGCUGCGUCACUCUCAUCUGGACAUCAUGAAGGCUAUCGUGCUGUCGCUGCUGCUGCUGCUGGGCGUGGUGGCGCUGUCGGCGGCGGGCCCCGCCCCCGUGGCCCGCGCCCAGCCGCUGCCGCUGCCGCAGCCGCUGCCCCUGAGGCAGGCGGCGCCCGCCGCCGCCCCCGGGCCCGCCAGCCGCGAGUCGCUGACGCCCAGCGAGCAGUUCUACUACGGCUACUACUACCCCGCCUACUCCUACUACCUGCUAGGCUAGACGGCCUCCUGCUCACUGCACCGCACCACCACCACCGGACCAACGACCCUGUAACGCCAACGCUGUUUUAUCGAACCAAUAAAGUAUUGUGAACCGGCA